AUCUCUCAGUUGCAGCACAGUGGACUACAGAUAAAGUGUGUGUCGAGAAGAUACGAGGAUAGUUCGCAUGUACCACUGCUCCCUUUGCCCUAAAGUGGAUUUGGAUUUUAUGUACAACAUGACAUUUGAGGAACUAAGUGGGGAUUAUUCUCAGGAAAGAAUGGAUUCCGUGGCGAAAGCUUUGGAAGAAGUCCUCACAUCUGCCUUACCACAAGGCUGCAUCACAGUGGGGGUCUACGAGGCUGCCAAGUCACUUAAUGUGGACCCUGAUAAUGUGGUCUUGUGCAUCCUCGCCACUGAUGACGAAGAUGUCAAAGAUGUGGCCCUGCAGAUCCACUUCACCCUCAUUCAAGCUUUCUGCUGUGAGAAUGACAUCAACAUCCUGAGAGUCAACAACACCCGGCGCCUGGCUGAAAUACUGGGCAGCGGAGGCAAACAGAGCGGGGGUGAACCUAUGGACCUGCACUGUGUCCUGGUGACUAGCCCACAUUCCACAUCAUGGAAAGACCCUGCUUUGAGCAAAGUGAACCGAUUCUGCAGAGAGAGUCGCUGUAUGGACCAGUGGGUGCCCAUCAUCAACCUGCCCGAACGAUGAACUUUCAGCAGCAAAGACCCUGCGAAGGACUUGUAUCUGCACAGCAGGAGUGGUGUGAACCCUGAUGGACACAUAACCACCCAGAGAUCAAAUUCCAAAGCACUGCUGAUGAAAAAAAGAGACCCGGCUGUCUACACGGGAUGAAUUUAAAAGAAGAAAAAAAAAAGAGCCGGGGAAUGACUUUCCACUUUGGACAGGACUGUUUGGAGUUGCGUCUGUCAGCCUUGGCAACCGAGAUAAGACGGCGAGGCACUUGUGUCGUCAUGAGGUGGAAAUGUACAAAAGCAUGUGUGCUUUUUAAUGUGAAGCCGGACACUGUGCAGAAGGAAUAUAUCAUGUAUGUUUGGUGAGGCCUCUGUGAUGUGUCAGAGAAGUGGGGAGAAACCAGAAUAUGGAGCUGUUGAGUGGACCAAGGCCUCGGCCUCUCUCUGCAGAAACAAAGCACUUGUUGAAACACUGGACCUUUUUGCAAUUUCACUUAUUUGAUUAAAAUUGUUAAUGUUGACGUUGCUAUUGUCCUAAUUUAAAAAGGGAAGGGCUACACAUCCAGUGAAGAUAUUCUGUGUGUUUAGUGUUUCUAUGCCAGCUGUUUUUUUGCCACAAGUAAAAUAAUUCUUUUGUUACAAUUUAAGUUAUUUCUAAUGAUAUUUAAGUGUAUUUAUGUUUCAUUUUUUUACCUUAUCUAUUUGCAAAAAUCUGAUAUGUAUUGCUGUCAAUAAAACGUAUUUUUUGGAAGCCAGAA